AUGGACCAACUGUCCCAGAGGGACCAGAUGCAGGUCAUGGCUGCGCUCAACGAAAUGCAGAUGCAGGAGAUGAUGAACACCUACAACAACUUGGUGGAAAGAUGUUUCAACGAGUGCAUCACGAGCUUCCGAACGAAGGGCCUGGAAGGCUCUGAGGAGCAGUGUGUUACUCGUUGCGUGCAGAAGUACAUGUCCUUUACCCAGCGGGUGGGCUUGCGAUUCCAGGAGAAGCAGCAGCAGAUGCAGCUGCAGAAGCCAUCAUGA